AAAAUUAAGCUCCAUUUCCAUCCUACCCCAUUGCUCAUUGAUUAUUUCGGAGGAAAAUUUAGGUCAGACUUUCUAUUUGAUUAAAUAGCAACCCAAUACAAUAAUGCACACCACACAAGUAUCAGUCUACUAUUGCCAUAAUCCGAUCUUUGCAAAUUCAUAGCUUUCUGCAACUCCUCCAUCUUUGCUAAGUAAUCUCCCUGGAAACCGAAGCUGGUUAUGAAUUGUUCUUGCUAGUUGAACUUCUCAAUCUUCCUGCAAUUCGUUGAUUCAUGUUAGAGGUUACGAACAUGGCUGCGGCUUCUUCAUCUUCUACUUCUGUUGCUCGUGUCCUCCCUCAACAGAAAUAUGAUGUCUUUCUGAGUUUUAGAGGAGAGGACACCCGCCUUAAAUUUGUAAGCCAUCUCUAUGCUGCUUUGGAGAGGAAGAAAAUUUAUACUUACAUGGACGACAAGUCACUUGAGAGAGGAGAUGAACUUGGACCCGCCUUGUUGACAGCAAUCGAGCAAUCCAAGCUUUCGAUAAUCACUUUCUCAGAACACUAUGCCUCUUCUGCAUGGUGUUUAGAUGAACUUGUGCAUAUAAUGAAAUGUAAUCAAGAUCAUGGACAGCUUGUUAUACCUGUUUUCUAUGAUAUCGAUCCUUCACAUGUACGGUGGCAGGAAGGGACAUAUGCAGAUGCAUUUGCAGUUCUUGAAGAGAGAUUCAAAGACAACAUGGACAAGGUCCACACAUGGAGGGAUGCUUUAACAAGAGGAGCCAAUCUAUCCGGAUUUCAUUCACAAUCACAAGAUAUGAGGAAUGAGAAUGCACUAGUUGAGAAAAUUGUCAAGGAUAUUUGGAUGAAACUGAUGAAUGGUAAAUUGUCAUAUUUUGCAAAGGGCCUGGUUGGGAUGAAAAAGCACAUUCAACAACUGGAGAUGUUGUUAUGCAUUCCUGCACAAGAUAUUUGCAUUCGCACAGUAGGUAUUUGGGGUAUGGGUGGUUGUGGUAAGACCACCCUUGCUGAUGCAGUUUUUCACCGAAACUCAUCUGAAUUCCAUGCUUGUGUGUUUUUAGCAAAUGUUAGGGAACAAUCAGAGAAACAUGGCCUUAAUCAUUUGCGAAAUGAACUUUUUCGUAAGUUGCUACAGGAAGAACAUUUAUGUAUUGACUCUCCAUCCAUAGGGUCAAGUUAUAUCAUAGAUAGGCUUUCUCGUACAAAGGUCCUUGCAGUUCUUGAUGAUGUGAGUGACUUGAGCCAGUUAGACAUUUUACUUGGAGAUCAAGUUCAGUUUGGCCCUGGAAGUAGAAUUAUUAUAACAACGAGAAAUAGGCGCCUACUGAAGAAGAGGGUGCAUGAGGAUCAUAUCUACAAGGUGAAUCUGUUGUCUAAUCAUGAAGCUCUUCAGCUGUUCCAAUCGAUUGCAUUUGAAGAUGACUCUUCUAAACAAGGUUAUUCAAAGUUGUCGGAAGAAGUGGUAGAUUAUGCUGGAGGCAUUCCAUUAGCUCUUAAAGUUUUGGCUUCCUCAUUCCUUCAUUGCAAUAGUAAAAUAGUCUGGGAAGAUGAAUUUAAAAAAAUGAAGACAUUUCCAAACCAGAAUAUACAGAAUGUGUUGAGAUUGAGUUAUAAUGGAUUAGAAGAAAAUGAAAAGGGAAUAUUUCUUGAUAUUGCCUGUUUUCUCAAAGGGGAGAAUAUAUCUGAUGCAAAAAGAGUACUGGAAUUGCGUGGGUUCUUUCCCUCAUCAGGAAUUGGAAUUCUCAUUGAUAUGUCUCUUAUUUCUAUUAGACACGACCGAGUAGAGAUGCAUGAUUUGCUGCAAGAAAUGGGAAGGGCAAUUGAAGAAGGUGGUAUCGUGGAGCUUGGAAAACGCAAAAGAGUGUGGAAUGCUAAGGAUGCCUAUCAAAUAUUGCGUCACAAAUCGGGAAUUUCAACAGUUGAAGCCAUGUACCUUGACAUGUCUAAGAUUCGAGAUAUACAAUUAAGUCCUACAGCCUUCAUGGAUAUGCAGAACCUGAAGUUGCUACAGUUAUAUGUGCCACAAGAAGUGCAUGAGAAAUGUAAACGUCAGAGAAGAUGGACUAUCGAGGAGAAGCAACCGAGCUUGUUUUCUUGGCUUCCUGUGGUCAAAGCAUGGCAGUGUCUCCUUGCCAAAUCAAGGAUCUGGGGGUCCUUAAGAUUGCUAGGUUCCUACGGCAAGGAGUGUGAUUAUGAUUAUGAAGUUUUCAAGAAGUACUGCAAAGUGCAAUUUCCUAGAGGUCUACAGUCUCUCCCGGAAGGGCUCAGAUAUCUGUAUUGGGAUGGAUACCCUUGGAAAUCUUUGCCAUCAAAAUAUUUUCCUGAAAACCUUGUUGAGAUUCAUAUGCCCCAUAGCCAAGUCGAGCGACUUUGGAAUAGUGUCCAGAAUCUUGGGAAUUUGAAAUGUUUAAAUCUUAGCUACUCCAAACAACUUAUUGUAGUUCCAGAUCUCUCUCGUAGUCGAUAUAUUGAAAGGAUAGAUCUACGUAGGUGUUCAAGAGUUCAAGUUCCUUCCUAUUUCCAAAGUCUGGAGAAUCUUACUUACUUAAAUCUGAACGGGUGCGAAAAUCUGAAAACCUUCCGGGAGAUACCGUGCAAUUUAGAAUUCUUAGAUUUGAGUUUCACCGGAAUAGAAGAAUUAUCGCCAUCAAUUUGGUCUCACGAAAAGCUUCAGACAUUGAAUCUUUCGUUUUGCCGGAAGCUUAAAAAUCUUCCAAGCAGCACCAACAGUUGUCAGCCGAAUGUGUAUGGUACUAAUCAAAAUCGAAUUGGGCUCAAACACUUGAGUUUAUGUUGUUCAGCGGCUGUGUCUAUCCCGGAGUGCAUCUACAAUUUGAAUCAUCUUGAAUUUCUGGAUCUUUCUAACCUCUCGCAUCGCAAAAGAUGGCCUUCCUCGUGGUCAGUGGUCGGUGGUUUGAGCUCUUUGAAAACUCUGAGGCUCAGAUAUUGCAAAGUAUUGGAAAUCCCUGAUAAUCUCAUUUGCUUAUCCACAUUACAAGAGUUAGAUUUAAGUGGAACCAUGAUUAAGAAGAUACCUGCAAGCAUCAAGCAUGUUUCUGGGCUGCUCAGGCUAGACUUGUACAAAUGCCAGAAGCUUCAAUCUUUACCAGAGCUCCCGUCGCAGCUAAAAGAUUUGGACGCGAGAGGCUGCACUUCAUUGAAGAGCGUUGCAAGCUCAAUGCAACCUUGCAAACAACAUCAAAAUCUGGGGCAUACUUGCCAUUUCGUGAGGGUUAGGUUUACUGAUUGCUGCGAGUUGGAUGAGACUGCAAGGAACAACAUAAUGGGUGAUGCACAGCUUAGAUGUAUGCAAAUGGCAUCAUUAAAAGAGGCGCAUUCUUUUCAUCAAGUAACGGUGGAUUGUCCGGGAAAUGAAAUUCCAAGAUGGUUCAGGUAUGAAGGGGAGGGAUGUGAAAUAAACAUCCAGUUUCCUCAUGAUCUUCAUCCAACAACAACCAAGAAAUACUCAUACUUGGAUUUUGCUGCAUCUGCUGUCAUUGCAAAUCCCGAAUGCGCAAUAUUCCCCCAGGAUGACCCUUCAAUCGGAUUUCGUUUGGUAUGUGAGUGCAGUCUCAAAACCAACACCGACGGGGAAGCCUAUCACUACCAGUUCGAAUCCACAUAUAUUUGGGGUCGUGUUAAUAAUGGCUUCCUUUUAAAGGAGGAUCACGUGGUGGUGUUUUUUGAACGGUUCGUGUUUAGGCGCAAAGGAAACAUGAGCAGUGAUGCCAUCCCUCUCAACAAGGUAACUGAGGCGUCGUUUCGCUUCUACCCUAAAUAUUACAACGAUCCUGAAAAUAAGGUCCUGGGAUUGAUAAAGGUGAAGAAGUGUGGCAUUCACGUGUUGUAAGAUGAUACCCGGCCACGGCUAUCAUGAAUCUCCUUUUCCGGCUCUUAAAUUUUGUAGCACGCACAUUCGAGGCAAAAUUGUUUCACAAUGCAUGAAACUGCCGUCUAAAGUUUUACUGCUCGUGCCUUUUAAUCCAUCAGCAAUAUUUUCGUCAA